UAAUUUACAACCGGAUCACCAGCAAGUUUCUUUUGGAUAUACAGUAAUUGAUGUAGACGCACUAGCGGUCAGAUUGACGAAUAGAAUGUUCACCUAUUCAAUUCUAUUGGGAUGUUUUGAGCCGUCCGUCUUCACGCCUUACAUGCCGAUUUCCGCUCGAAUCUUGUUUCUUGAUCCGUCCACAAAGAAAAAUGUUAGGUGUUUGACCAAUGACCGAGGACCGUUGUUAAAAAUAACAUGGCCUUCUUUUCUGUGCUCCUAUUCGGGAGCUGGUACCACAUUUACGCGGGCCUUGGAUCAAUGCCAAAAAGUCACCGGACUUUGA